UAGUCCCGAAUAAUUGUUACGACGCUCCUCGACUGGCCAGUCAGUACGUCUCACUAACGGAUUAAGGAAUGGUUUGGUAGUUGUAGCAUUUUUGGCUAUUGUUAUAGCAACAUUCACUGCAUUUUUCCAGUGUUUAACCCACUACGCCAUGCAGACUUUAUUUCAAGAGGCGUAGGAACUAAAAGAACCAUUAACAGCUGCUUUUGUCACAUUUGGGAAGGUUUCACGUAGCGCCCUGCGACUCUGGGGACUGCAGGAGCCAACUGCAUCUUUUAUCCAGAAACUUCAUCAGGUUAAGCGAAUGAGUUGAGUUAUAUUUAUGUCUCAAACCCAUUCUUAAAAAGAGGCUUUCGUUUUUACAGUAAAGUAUUGAGAUGAAAUAGGUAUCUUUAUGCUGACUGGAGUAGGUCUAAUUGCUUAACACUUGCAACAUGGCUGCUGUGGGACGAGCAGGGAGAAAAGUUUAACACCGACGUGGGAGAAGUUUGGUGCAUACAUGUACUAUUGUCCGCUCGAUACUCCGGUAAGAAGUCGUCUCUACCUCUGGGCUUCGGGAGCAGCGGAGGAACCGUGUUAGCCUCCACCUCCUCCUCCUCUUUCGCCGCUGAGAGCCACCGCAGCGGACUUUGUGGAACAGCGGUGCCUUGCUCUCCAUCGCAGGGCUCCGGGGAGGCGUUCACGGACCUGAUAUCCACUGACUGCAGUCGGUGUUUGGAGCUAAAAUGCAUUUUUCUAUCCCCGAAACGGAGGUCUGCUCUGGGGAGAGCGGUUCAACCUAUGUGGCUUAUAACAUCCAUGUCAACGGUGUGCUUCACUGUCGGGUUCGCUACAGUCAGCUUCUUGGUCUUCAUGAGCAGAUAAAAAAAGAAUAUGGCAGCAACGUGGUGCCCUCGUUCCCCCCAAAGAAGAUCUUCACACUGACCCCCGCCGAGGUCGAGCAGAGACGAGAACAGCUGGAGAAAUACAUGCAGGCUGUGCGUCAGCAUCCUCUGCUUGGGAGCAGUGACUUGUUCAACAGCUUCCUAAGGAAAGCUCAGCAGGACACCCAGCAUGUUCCCACAGAGGAGGUCACACUGGACAUCUGGCUCUCCAGUGGUCAGAAGGUCACCGUCAACAUUCUGACUUCAGAUCAGACGGAGGAUGUUCUUGAUGUUGUUGCAACAAAGCUGGACCUCCCAGAUGACCUUGUGGGGUACUUCAGUCUCUUCUUGGUCCGAGAAGGUGUGGACGGAAGUUUAACUUUUGUCCGGAAGCUGCAGGAGUUCGAGCUGCCCUACGUAUCCAUUACCAGCCUGCAAAACUCAGAAUUUCACAUAGUCUUACGGAAAAGCUACUGGGACAUGGCGUACGAUGCUGAUGUAAUGGACAGUAGAGUUGGCCUGAAUUUACUGUACGGACAGACGGUGUCUGACGUCGAGCGGGGCUGGAUACUCGUCAACAAAGACCAACACAGGCAGCUCAAAUCUCUGCAGGAGAAAGGCUCUAAGAAAGAAUUCAUCCACCUGUGUCAAACACUUAAAUAUUACGGCAAUGUGAAGUUCGACCCGUGCGUCACCGACUUCCCCGAGAAGGACUGCCAAGUCAUCGUCAGCGCCGGAAACAAUGAGCUCAAUUUCCACGUCAAGCUUCCCAACGAGCAGAUGAAGGAAGGGAGCUUCAAGGUCACCCGCAUGAGGUGCUGGAGAGUCACGUCAUCUCAAGUCCCCAUCUCCAACGGUACAAACACUCCCUGCAGCUCGUCCAAAUGCGAGGUGAAACUGGAGCUCUCCUUCGAGUAUCUGAUGAGUAAGGAUCGCCUGCAGUGGGUCACCAUCACCAGUCAGCAGGCCAUUAUGAUGAGCAUCUGCCUUCAGGCUAUGGUGGAUGAGUUAAUGGUGAAGAAGUCGGGCGGCAGCAUAAAGAAGUUGCUGAAGAAGCGUCACAACGGCUCCAUUCACCGGUCUGACAGUCAGCAAGCUGUUAAAUCUCCCCCUCUACUGGACUCCCCAGAUCCAAACCGGGAUCAAACCAUCAAGCUCUCGACCAAGCUGAACUCUGUGUCUCUCAGAGGGAUCAGCGCCUCCAACUCUGCUAAUGACAUCAGCAGUGAUGAUUUCCACGGCAACUAUGCUUUUGAGGGAAUCGGAGAUGAUGACCUGUAACACGAUUCACCUCCCUCCUCUUUUUUCAUUCCACUGCAAACUAUUACAAAGAUUACGAGCCGAGUCGAGCAGUCCACCUCUCCAAGAUUGUAGCUUCUUCGUGGACAAAUAGCUGCCUUAAGCUCCCAUUUAAUCUUUGACUGUUUUGCUCUUUAAAGACUCAGCUUGACCUUCGUUUUAGUUGUAAUCAUCCUGUUUAAAACUACAAUACUAAACUACAUGAAGAAAGUCUGGAUUUUCUCUAGGGAGUGGCUGGGUUAAACUAGAAAAGCCAGAUGUGUAGAUCGACCUGCCGCUACUGAUUAUAAACCAGAACUGAGCAAAUAAUGCUAGCAGCGCUCCGGGUUUUACAUUUAUCCCACAAAUGUAGUUAAUUUGGCUAAAUGUAGAAAAUAAACAGUUUUAUAAUGUGUGUCGCCCCGGUGUGCCAAAUGAGUAAAUCUGUUGGGUGGAGGUGUCACUCAUACAGCCUUCAGGAGUCUGAUGCCUUAACGUUUAGCCUCGUGGGGGAGGACUUUUGACCGUUCGGCGCGAGUUUGAAAGUCAAUAUUAGGACCGACUUGCAGAACUCCAUGGGAGGUUGAUUUGGUUGAGCUGCUUGCACUUGCUGAACUCUUCAUUUUGCACAUUACAGGUAGAGAAGGUGAAUGUUAGUUUGGUAGCCUGAGCGUGACUUAAAACAUUGUGAAGACUUUUGAAUUUUUUUUCCCGUAAGGUUCAUUAAAUCCAUUUGAUUAGUUUUUUCUGUUUGUAAAAAGCUCUUUAAGAAGUUCUCAUUAAUGCCAAAUUAUAGUUUACCUAAGCAUUUUGCACAUAAAAUACACAUUGAACUUAUGAAAAUGUCACUUGUUGUAUUUUCUUUACAUGUAAUUAAGCAUUCUGAACAUUUACUAAUAUCUGUUUUUUAAUCAUUGCAGCGUACCGUAAUCAAGUAGAUGAAGUUUAAUCUAAGCUGUAUGGAACAAAAUGUAAAUGGACCAACAUUUCUCAUGUUUACAUCUUACUUUGUAGUUCAAAUGGAAAGUGUUUACACAUGUGGCAUCUGAUUUUCUUCAUGUUGUCCUUUUGAGCUUGUAAUUAUGAUGUUGGGAAUCCCGUUUGGGCCUUCGGUUUCUUGUGAUUUGUCGGGUGAUUGUGCCGUUCAUCUCAGAGAAUUUAAUGAAAAGGUGCUUUGAAAUGGCUGUAGGGAUCAGAAGUUGCUGGACUGGGUACAAAACGGAACACAUCUCACGGUUUUAGAAAACGUUCUGCGUCGGUGCAUUUCGACGUGCGACUGAAGCCUCUAAAUGGAAAUCCGUGCCAACCUGUGAUGACCAAACGAACCGUUCAGUUAAGUGGCUCGUUCUUUCAGUGCUGUGAUUAUUUUAAUUUUUGCUUUUUUAAAGUUCAAAGGUGAAUCAGUGCAGACACGACUAGUCCUUUACUUUCUCUGUACACUUGCUGGAAGGUCCUGAGUGUUUGCAAACAAGUAGGUGCCAAAUCUCAAUUUUGAAAAGUGCAGUUCUCAAUCAGCAUCAUUUUUUAAGUUAAUGUCAUUUAUGAGUACCGUAAUGAAUUUAUUUAUCCCACCAAUGUUUAUCUUGAUUUUUAUUGGCAAGGUCAAUGUCUGCUGUUUGUCAACACGCUAUAAUAAACUCUGAACUUCA